AUGGCGUGGGAGGCGCACCUGAAAAACGCCAGCCACGUAGUAUUCAGCCUGCACAGCCCCGCAGGCGAACAGGACUACCCGGGGGAUUUGUUGGUCACCGUUGAGUACAGCCUGGAGCCGGGCAACCACCUGAUGGUGCGGAUGUCGGCGUCGUGCACCUUGGCGACGCCGCUGUCCAUGAGCGCGCGGCUGCCCUUCAACCUGGCGGGCCAGCGGAGCGGCCCCGCCGGCCUCUCCAACCACCACCUCAUGAUCAACGCGCGCAAGUUCCUCGAGACGGACAAAGACGGCAUGCUCACCGGGGAGUUGAGGCACUCCAAGCAUCACGGCCUUCUGUUCCUGGCGCCCAUCCUCAUGGCGAACGCGUUCCAAAAGGGGCCGACAGACGGCUUCAACCACCACCUGCUGCUCAACGGCAACCCCGGCGACGGUCUGCGGUUCAUCGCCAGGCUGAGUCAUCGACCUUCUGGAAGAAUUGUUGAGAUUUAUUCCAACACUCGCUGUCUACAUUUAGACACCCUCAACAAAUUAACAGUUCCUUCGGCGGAAGGAAAAGAAUUCGCAGGAGAAGAAGAGGAAGAACAAGAAUUAGGGGUAGCACCAUACGGAGCAGAAUACGGAGCGGGGCAGUACGGAGUCGUUCAACCUCCCACGCUGCCACCACCACCAGCACAACAGAUGACAGAUCACUUUCCAAUAGAGGGAAGGCCUCGCAGUGUGAGCUUUACGGACCAAGGUGACGUACAGGAGCAUUUCGGUGAAUACGAUUACACCGAAACAUGGGGCGAAGACUUGACUGCAACGACAAAUGCGGGUGAAGACGCGGACGCUGAUAUUGGAGGGUUGUUGAUCGAAGACACUCCGGCAGUUCGGUUCCUACAUGAGCUGUAUGCCCAAGGCGCAGUUAUUCUGGCGCCAGAGGAUUAUCCUGACACUAUUUUCGAAGUGAGCAACCUUCAUACUCGUGAAAACAGUAAUUUUAAGUUUUGAGAAGUCUCCGUCUUCUUCCGUUGUGUUUCUUGCUGAUUUUUAUAUUGUUUUAAUUCAGAGAAAAUAAACAAAAAAUAUCCAAAUUAUAACGUUGAUUUAAAUACCAACUAAAGUGAAGAAAAGCUUUUUGUCAAGUUUGAUGCCAAUCAACUACUUGAGAAGUGAAGGUUGAAGAGAUCAAGUUAUUGAGUCUUAAAUUUCUUCACUUGUUAAUAGUAUACAAAAGUUAUAAUUCUUAACUUCACAAGAUAUAUUUCUGUAGGCAAAAAGGGAUUUAAGAUUCAACGUCUCAUGCUUGAGCAG